AUGGUUAUAGCAGAAGCCAUUGUUUCUGUAGUCUCGACCCAGCUGAGUUCCAUCACCGCCGAAGAGCUCAAGAAACACGGGAAGCUUGUCCUCGGCGCUGCGAAAGAUGUGGAGAAGCUCAAAUCCACUUUCACCGCCAUCGGAGCUCUGCUGUUGGAUGCAGAAGAGAAGCAAUGGAAGGAUGAAGGCAUCAAAAAAUGGUUGAAGAAGCUCGUGGACGUCUCCUACGAGAUCGAUGAUGUGCUGGACGAGUGGAGAACCAAGAUCCUCAAGCGUCAACUCAAAGGAGGCGGCGGCGAUCAACACGCUCGGCACAGCUCUCUGUCGAGCACCAAGUCAUCCGCAAGUUCAUCUGUACUCCGGGAAUCGUUCAGUGCCUCGACGGAGGGCCUUUGGAAAAGAGAAACGGGAAGAGAAAUGGAGGUCAGGAAUGGAUGCCGACCGGAAUUUCCAGGGUAG